AUGGCUGCAUCUAUAGUGGAUCCUAGAUUAUAUCUCUUGUACAAGAACGACCUGCUCAAGAUGAAGCUUUACAUCUUCCUGGCUCUCAUUGGGACCGCAAUCGCGGCGAGGAACUUCGACAAGGAGUGUCGCCAGGCACCGGACCGCGGAUUCUGCAGAGCUCAGCAGCUGAUGUGGUGGUUCAACGCUGAGAGCGGAAGGUGUGAGCAGUUCUACUACGGUGGCUGCGGCGGUAACGAGAACAAGUACGAGACCAAGGAGCAAUGCCAGGAAAACUGUUCGGCUGAAAAAUCAAUCCUCAGACCAUACCCACGUGAUGAGCUGUUGUCGGGAACGACAGGUGAUAUUGUUUCUGCGUCCGUUGCAUCCGUUUGUCACAUGCCACCACAUGCGGGGCCUUGCCAAGCUGCCAUCCCCCGUUUCUACUACGACGCCAACGCUAAAACCUGCCGCCCCUUUGUGUACGGUGGCUGCCAUGGCAACGGCAACAACUUUGAGUCUCACCGCGACUGCAUGUUCUUCUGCGCAUCUCCAGUGCCCCUGCAGCCUGAGCCACGCACGGCAUAAGCAAAGCGCUCGCUAUGAGUCAGGGGCGACAGAGGUUGUGAGCUGAGAAGAAAUUGCUAAACAGCAACAACGAAGCGACAACUAAUCUAAUGAGAUGCUCAAGAAAACAAUUAUUCUUGGACUCUGCAAUAUAUUUUUGUAGAAAACCUGGCAACUGAUACUGACGAAGUUCGUAUUCACUAAUACGCAGAUGAGUCACGUCUCUUGAAUUGCUGUUGGAAAAAUAAAACAAUAUUGUUAUAAAUUUGA